AUGAGCGGUAUUAGUGAUCCUACAGGCCUUUCCAAGGGAGAUAAUGGGUCGUCAGAGUCCUUGCCAGGGCCAGAACCUCUUGAUCCUCACCCGCCGGUGAAAGUCAUCAUCGUGGGCGCCGGCCUUGCCGGGAUUAUUACAGCUAUCAUUCUGUCGCGCAAAGUCCGGAAUCUGUCAGUCAGCGUUUUCGAGAAGCUUGAAAUAGUGGGAGGCACGUGGGCUGCAAAUAUCUACCCAGGCGUGAGGUGCGACGUGCCAUCGCAUUGCUACCAAACCACUUUUGCGCCAAAUCCGCGUUGGUCCGAGUAUUACUCCUCAGGCGCCGAAAUUCGCACGUACUAUGAGGAACUCGUUGAAAAAUACGGGCUCCAAUCGAGCAUUCAGCUUUGUCACCAAGUUCUGAAGGCGACAUGGAAGUCCGAAGAUGCUCAAUGGGAAGUUGAGAUCAAGAAUCUACGGACAGGAGAGAUCAUCUUGGAGCAUUCGAACUUCUUCAUCAACGCCCAGGGAAGGCUGAGCGAGCCACAAAUGCCAAGUAUUCCGGGCCUCUUGACUGAGUUCAAGGGCAAGGUUAUGCAUACAGGAGCUUGGGACUCGGCCUAUAACCUAAAUGGUAAAAGGGUUGCUAUCAUUGGAAACGGCGCCAGCGGUCAACAGAUCCUCCCCAAUCUACUACCAAGUGUGGCACACAUCGACCACUAUGUGAGAUCAAGAGUUUGGGUAACCCCGACUUUUCUGAAAAACGGGAUUGAGGCCCGAGCUGAUAAUCCUGGGGCUUACCAGUACACCGAAGCGGAGAUGGCAAAUUUUGAGAACGACCCUCAGGCCUACUUUGAGUAUCGUCAACGCAUCGAGGCAACCUUGCACACCAAGUUCCAACGCAACAUAUUAAGAAGCAAAGAAAACGAGGAGCUACGCCAAGCCUGUAUAGAGACGAUGUCUCGCCGGGUGAAUGGGAGUAGAGAGUGGCUAGAAAGGCUGAUCCCAGAUUUCGCGCCGGGAUGCAAACGCUUGACACCGGCGCCGGGUUACCUGGAGGCCCUUCAGAGUCCCCAUGUCAGCUACAUCCAAGAAAAGAUUGUCAGCAUCACUGACAAGGCCAUCGUGACGGCUGACGGUACCGAGCGAGAAGUCGAUGUCAUAAUAGCUGCUACCGGAUUUGCGAAUGGAUUCGUUCCAUAUUUCCCGACCAUUGGACGCAACGGUGUGGAUAUUAGCCAAACUUGGAGCGAAGGCGGUGCCACAGGAUACCCGGAUACAUACUUUGGCGUCAUGGCACCCGAUAUGCCAAAUUACUUCUUCAUUCUUCAGGCACAAAGCAACGGAGGGGGCGGUUCCACACCGCUGCAGUGCGAGAUAUCCGCUACGUACAUUGCUAAGGUGGUCAGAAAGUUGCAACUGCAGUCUUACCGCUCUAUCACGCCAUCCAAAGAGGCUGUCCAGGAAUUCAACGACUUUUGUGAGGAUUACUUUCGGGACAAGGUCGUCAACGACACAUGUAGCUCCUGGCUGAAAUCUCGAGGCCCUCAACCGCGCAAUCUUGUCUGGUGGCCAGGUUCGGGGCACCACCGGAUCCAAGCAUCUUUCGAUCCAAGGUGGGAAGAUUUUACGUAUGAGAAAACAGAAGAGGCAAAGGGGAACAGAUACUCCUACUUUGGUAAUGGGUGGACAACACGCGAGCAGUCAGGCGGCGUGGAAGAACUGGCAUCAUAUUUGAGACCAAGCAAUAAAGUGGACAUGGAGCUACUCCAUGAAUAUUGGAAUGAGUGA